AUGAAGUUUUGGAAAUUUUCCACCGCCGCUAUUGCUACCCUCCUUGCUGUGGUCUCUGCCAGUGGUCCAACUGACGGCGAGGCCUCCGCUGAUCCAAAUUCUGCUGUUGUCAAGUUGACAGAGAAGAAAUUUAAGAGUUUCCUUGAAGAAAACCCAUUGGUCUUGACUGAGUUCUUUGCCCCAUGGUGUGGCUACUGUAAGAUGUUGGGCCCCGAAUUCUCCAAGGCUGCCGACAUGUUGAACGAGUCCCACCCCAACAUCAAAUUGGCCCAGGUGGACUGUACCGAGGAGCAAGACUUGUGUCAGAAGCACGACAUCAGAGGCUACCCAACCAUGAAGGUCAUGAGGGGCCCAUUCGUUCAGCCAGACGACUACGAUGGUCCUCGUGAUGCCGAGGGAAUCGCCAACUACAUGAUCAAACAAUCCCUUCCACCCGUUCAGUUGGUCGAGGACGCCUCUGAGUUCGUCAAACUUACCAAGAAGGAGAAUCAACCUCUUAUGGUGCAGGUGUUCCCAUCUAACUUGCACAAAAAAUUCCAGGCUCUGAAUGAGACCUACGGCGAGUUGGCUAACGAGAAGAGAAGAACCAUGUCAUUUUUCUCCAUCGAAGAUGAUGCAGAAAUUGCUAAGCUCGAUAAGGCCGUUAGCGCGGAUUUGUCGAAGUUAAAUGAGCCUGCCUACUUGGUGAUCCACCCCAAUCAAUUGGAUGACGUCAGAGUGUUUUCUGGUGACAUCAACAAAGAGGAGUUGACCGAGUUUUCUGUCAACGCUAAAGUCCCAUAUUUUGGCGAUAUUAACAGAGAGACAUAUUUGACUUACAUGUCCUCCCCCUUGCCUUUGGGUUACUACUUCUAUUCUCACAUCGACGAGAGAGCCAAAGUUGACAAGUUCUUCAAUGAUUUGGGUAAGAAGUACGUUGGUAAGAUCAAUUUUGUUGGUUUGGAUGCUUCUCAAUACGGUCGUCAUGCCGAAGUCUUGAAUAUGAAUCCUGACAUUGUUCCUUUGUUCGCUAUUCAGGACAACUCGAACAGCAGAAAGUACGGUCUCGACCAGACGGAGCACCCUAACGGCCCCUCAACCAAGGAUAUCGAGAAGUUUGUUGAGGACUUCUUGGCCGGCAAGGUGGACCCAAUCAUCAAGUCCGAGCCAUUGCCAACCGAAGAGGAGAUCGCCAAUCAAGCAGUCGUCAAGUUAGUCUCUCACAACUACGACGAUGUUCUCAAGGAUACCAGCAAAGACGUUUUCAUCAAAUAUUAUGCUCCAUGGUGCGGUCACUGCAAGAAGUUGGCCCCAAUUUGGGAGGAGUUGGCUGAGAUCUACGAAUCAAAGAACGACGACUCUCAGGUUGUCAUUGCACACAUUGACCACACAUUGAAUGAUGUUGACACGCCAAUCCCGAUCGAGGGUUACCCAACUCUCAUUUUCUAUCCUGCCAAUGGUAAGGUCGACCCAAAGACUGGUAUCAGAGAGCAUCACCUUUACACCGACGGCAGAGACUUGGAAUCUUUGAUGGCCUACAUCAAAAAGAAGGGCUUGGGAGUCGAUGGUGAGAAAUUGAAAGCUGAGAAGCAGAUUAUCGAGGAGGAGGCUGAUGAAGAGGAUGUUGCUCCAAAAGAGAAGGCUGAGCACGACGAGUUGUAA